AAUUGGGUUGCUGCUUCCCGGGAACCGAAACGUUUCAACUUAGCCAACUGCCAAACCUUCACAAACAAAACCGUAAAGUUAAGUCUUUACUUUGUGUCACAUUAACUUUACUUCAGCUCUUGACUAACAUCAGUUUUAAUGUAACUGGUAGCUUACCGUUUUAUUUACAGCCCCCAGCGCCCGAAAUGUAUGGAUGCUAACGUUAGCUAGCUCGCUAGUUAGUAGACUUGUAGCGGUUGUUUGAAAACUGUCGAAGUUUAUCCACAAAGAAAAAUGUCCGCGGAGCAGAGGACAAGCUGGAUACUGACAGGCGCUACUGUCGCCUGUGUCACCGCCCUGUAUGUGCCCUGUGUGCAGAGAACCGUCCCCGGUGGAGACUCAGGAGAGCUGAUCACCACUGCUUGUGAGCUGGGGGUGGCCCAUCCUCCAGGAUACCCUGUCUUUACCCUACUAGCUCACCUGGCUAUGUGUCUCCUGCCCUCACUGUCCCCAGCCCACAGUGUCAAUCUGAUGAGUAGCCUGCUGGGGGCUGCAUCGUGCGGUGCCCUCUGCAUUACUGUCUGCAGGUUGGUAGGCCCCGGCCCCGGAGCAGUACUUGCCGGGGGCGUGUUUGCUGUGUCCAGGCUGAGCUGGCAGUGGUCCAUGGUGGCAGAGGUCUUCACCCUCAACAAUCUUUUCACUGGUCUGCUCUUCUUCUUGACUGCCAGCUUCCACUGUGCUGAAAACACCACCCAGAGAGUGAAGAUUGCACACUGGGGAGCGCUGUGCUGCGGUUUGGGGCUCUGUAACCAGCACACCCUGGUGCUUUAUGUGCUGGUCAUCAUUCCCUGGGUCCUUCACCGUCUUUACUCCCUCAGGGAGCUGUCUUUGCGUGGCCUGGUGUCUCUGGGAGUGUGUUUCCUCGCUGGCUUUCUGCCAUACAUCUACCUGCCCAUCUCCUCCUACUUGAACACAGCCCGCUGGAGCUGGGGGGAUCAGACCACCCUGUCAGGCCUGCUGACCCACCUGCUGAGGGCUGAAUAUGGCACCUUCAGUCUGGCAAAGAUGGAGAGCUCUGUCAACCUGACAUUGAUGCUAAAGGCCCAGUUGGACCACUGCCUGCAAGACCUUUCGCUUCCUGUUCUGCUGCUGGCAGGAAUAGGCCUUCUUCUCUCCUCAUGGGACAGGACGUGUCGCUCAGUGUCCUGGCUGCUGACUGCCAUGCUGCUGGUCUACUCACUGUUUUUUGCCUGGAGAGCCAACUUGGACAUCAGCAGACCCCUUCUGCUUGGAGUGGUUGAGCGUUUCUGGCUGCAGAGCGAUGCUGCAGUGUGUGUGCUGGCAGGCCUUGGCUUGAGCCGGACACACACUGAGCUGGAGAGGAGACUGGGCCGUGGGGGGGUGUGGAAGACCACAGGCUGGGUCCUCACCAUGGCUCUGCUGGCACAUAUGGUGCGCACCAAUCACAGGGAGUGCGAUCAGAGCAGGAACAGUGUGGUCGAGAGGUUCGGCAGGGAGCUUCUGGCCUCCGUCCCAACAGAUUCAAUCAUCCUGACCAGAGGAGAUCUGCCUGGAAACUCCAUGCGCUACUUAUACUACUGCCAGGGUGUACGGCCCGAUGCACGUCUGGUCGACCAGGAGAUGAUGACUUACACUUGGUAUGUGGCCAAGUUGGCGCAGCACCACCCUGGGGUGCACUUUCCCGGCCGCUGGUGGGACCCGGUCCAGCCCGAGGUGAAAGACACCUUCAGUCUGGAGCAGUUUCUGUCCCACAACACGCAGAGGCAUGUGUUUGCCUGCAUCGGGCUGCCUGAUGGAGACCCAAGCUGGGAACGUAGUUUCUCUCGUUGGCCAAUGGGUGUGUGUGACUACUUGGUGCCUGUUCAGAGGCAGUUUGACCCUGAGAGGUGGGCCCAUCGAACUCGCAACCUCUACAACUGGAGUGAGCCACACGACAGUUUCCAUCCUGCGUCCUGGGAGCGUGUCGCUAAUGAGGAGAUGUGGCAAGCCAGGAUGAAGACGGCUUUCUUUCUGUUUGACCUGGCAGAAAGGAUGCAGGGAGAGGGGAAAGCUCGCCUCUUUGAGCUGUCUUACACUCUGUAUAAGGAGAUUGUGGAGGCCCACUCAGACUACCCUCCAAACUGGGACAAGAACUUGGCACUGGCCUGUGAGAGGCUCCUCCGCUCUGGUCACCGAGGUUACAGUCCAGACAGCCUGCUGACCUGCAGCACCCAGCACUUUAGUCUCUACUUAGAGAAGGAACCCACAGAUCCCCAGGCGCCCGCCAUACGCUUGGCCAUUGGUCAUCUGCUCAGAGAGAGAGGCGAGCUCCGUAAGAGCCGGAGGCCAACCCCAUGACAAGAUCCAGAGAGACCUACAUGGAGCUGAGUGUACCGCGAGCCCAGCCGAAGUGCGAGGCACUGGGGACAAAGUCUGAGCCAAUGUGCCUCUUCUCAUGGUUUAAAGGUGGUGCUCCAGAAGGACAGAAUGACGUUUAGGUAAAGUUUUGGCCAAAUUGGACCUAUGGGUUGGGACUUGAGAGGACUGCUGAUGCGGAAGUACUGCGAGGUAGCAGGACUCUGCAUAAAGGACAGACAGCUUCACUGGAUGAAUGUUCACAGUUGACCAGGGACAGAGCUUGACUCCAGCGAGCCUUGACUGACCCCAGUCAAACUGUGCGUGCACCCCUUAAAAACACUCAUUCGAUUGCUUUAUCGUUACAUCUCAUUCCUUUUUUCCUCUCCUCUUCUGCUCUCACAGCUUUUAACGUGCUGAUUAUUUUGCCUCAGCCACUGCUCCACUUCUCUUUUUCUCACAUUAGGAUGGCAAGGCCGAGAUUGAGGGAAAACCAAUUUGGGGGCAGAAAUGGGGGAUUAGAGCGGCUGUUUAAUCUAGGACAGACUUGUGCAGUGCCACACAGUCCUCACUCUGCAUAACCAGCACUACCCACCCACCCACCCCUCUAUCCUUCCAUCAGUCUAUCUUAGAUGGUCCUUUAAAUGUUUAAAACUAAUGGAUUCGAUGAGUGUUUUUUUUUCCUCUCUUCCUUCCUAACGGGAGGGCUGUAAUCCCUCAUGGAUUUAAAUGAAAUGUGAAAUGUCACAAUGCCAGGGACCCUUUUAGAGGUGCGUUUCUGUGUGUCUGUGUGUUGAUUUGUGUGUUUGCAUGUUGACGUGUAUGUGUGUGUGUGAACACGUUUAAAUCUCCACCCAAGCCUUUUCCCUGCCGGAACUGCACAUAAACAUAGUCGAUAAACAGAUCGGCACACUGAAAAGCACUUUGAUCAUCAUACAAACACAAAGUCAUGCAAACUCCAGGGACACAUGUAGACACACAGGACCAUCAGCCUCCCAGCUCCCAGGACUUUUAGCCCUGUGAUGAGUGCUGGAGAGACAACGUAGCAUGCAAACACAGCGAGUGGACCGGAGUCACUUGUCUUUGGAGUGUUCUCAGGGUCUGAAACGUCAAUGCUUUUGCUGAUUUUAAUGAACCUCGUGGCCAUAAAAUUUGUUGGACAAAGUCAAACCGGUCAAUUACAAUAAGGUUUUGGAGGAGCUUGCUUUUUGAGACGCCACUAGAAAGCGAAGGACAGUAAGUGCAUGUAUAGUUUUCUCAGAAUGUAAUCUGCCCCCUCUGUUCGCAGGCCUGAUUAGCGGCAGUCAGUUGGCUGGAUGAUGAGAUUCGACCUGCUGUAGCACAGAUGGUUUGGUUUCUCAAAAAAAAGGGAAAACUGUCAC